AAAAAAACAUGUCAGUUUUAUUAAAUAUCAUUUGAUAUUUCUUUUAAGAUUUACGAGGUAAAAAGAUCAUUUAAAGAAGGAUUUUAUAUUGUUUACAAGAUGAGUGUACAUUUUGUGGAGUAUUUGCUGAAGAGCAGACAGAAUUUGCAGCCAAUCAGUGAUGAGCGUCAAAGGAAAAUUAGAAUAAAUUAUCAGUAUUUGGUUCAUAGGUGUCCUGAAUGAAGGUUUGUUCGAAGGAAAAUUUUCGGAGGCUUUCAAAAUUCGGUACACGGCCAUCCAAAAUUGGUUCCUGCGAGCAUCGUUCCACAAUAAAUUCAAAUACAUGAAGUCGCUGUACGAUAUCAUGAAUGUAGAGGCUCAUAUCAAAUCAUGGUAUAAGUUCCUAUCGGAAAGAAGCUUUCAAAAACUGCGAGGAUAUACCAACUUGUGCUUAAUGUUUAUUUAACUUCAAAGAAACAGUGGUAAUCCAUUGUUUUUCAGAUAUAAUCCUCUGGACAAUGUACCAUGCGAUCACGACAGAACGAUGGAUAGCAAAGAGUUGGAGAAGACGAUUAAAGCAGAUUUAGAUUGGUUCAAGAAUUUCGACGAUGAUCUUCAAUUCAAUAUGUUCAUAACAUUGCUACAACUUGGAGGUUCGCCUUUGACGGAGAAGAUGAGCAUUUAUAUAAGGGAGCAAGCGUCGAAACUGAUGAUCAUGAUGGAUAACCAAUCUGAUGAUAACAUAAAGAUCUUGAACGAGAGCAAAUUAUCAUCGGGCACCGGUUGCUUCAUGUAUACGCAGUAUUGCCAAUCAAAUGAUCCAUCAUUCGUCAUUGUGCAGAAGAAGCAGAAGGAGUGGGCGGAUUUGAUGAUGAAGUAUCGGAAGGAAGUCGAAGCGAAGGUCGGGAAAGGUGCUGCUAAGGAGAAAGGUAAAAAGGGUAAGAAAGGUAAAAAAGAGAAGAAAGGCAAAAAAGGUAAAAAAGAGAAGGUGGGUAAAAAGUCGAAAAAAUCAAAGAAAUCUAAAUCGAAGAAGGGUAAAAAGGAGAAGAAUACUUCAGAUAUUGAUUACGUUCAAGUUAUGCCGAUCAAUGUGGUUAAAAAGAUCUUGAGUUUCUUGGAUAAGAAAACUCUGGGGAUUGUAUCCAAAGUGAACGAGUAUUGGAAAUACGCAGUGUCUAGUUUGAAUGAGGACAUGAAGGCUAGAAAGAUGUUGGAUAAACUGAUGGAAACGCACAGAGUUGAAACGCGAUUAGUCGAUCCGAAACUCAGUACUAAAAUAUUCAAUAAAUCGAGAGUCGAUCGGUUAUGGCGAGAAAUUGCUAGUAGUAAACAAAUUAAGAACUCAUUAAAGGUUUCGAAGAAGGAAAGAAGUGAUUACACGCUUCUUCAAAAAGCUGUUCAAGAAAUUCCGGAAGAGUAUAUCUUACCCGUCUACAACUUGAGUUCAUUUUCGAGGAAAGUUCCGCAAGAUGAGGAUACGAACUUGUACGAAUCUCCAGCGAAGAUUCGGCACGAGUUAGGAUACAAGCAGAAGCCAACCACAGAUGAAUUGGAUCCGGUGGGGAUGAUUCAAAUGAUAAGGAAAAAAUCAAUUGCACAAAUGCAGGAGGAAUAUAUUAAGAAUUUUGAUGACGACGACGAUGACGAUUUAAUUCCAGCAGACGCAUGUCCUAGCUCUCUAUUUAUUCCUUACCAGUCCGGCAUGUCGAACUUUUAAUAAAACACCGUUACAAGGG